UAAUAAUAUAAUUUCUUGAUAGUCGUUACCGAUAUCACAACUAAUACAGCAUCAUAGAGAGGCAUCUGAAUAACAUUAGAUUUAUUAUAAAGUAAUAAAAUUAUUAAUAAUUGUUUCAACUCAUAGAUACAAUGAAUGUAAAUUUGACGGAUGAUAUCAGAUUGUUCAGCGAGGAAUACCCGAGUGCUAGCGCCGACAGCGGCUAUUCAGGAAUCGGAGCCUCCAGCCAAUCGGAACAACACUCGAAUAAUUGUGAAAAAAAGAAAGCGAAGACCUUCAGUGCCAACUACACUAGACCUUCGUCCUACCAGUUCAUACAAGAAGAAGCAGAAGAGAAGAAGAACAGAGAAAGUUAUGUGAAGUUGGGAUCCAGCACUCGCAGCAGUAAAGUGAAGAGGGUCACCACAGUACUGUACCCGGAGGCAACACCACGUCACACACUCAUAGAGGAGAACCCUGACUUGGACGACUCUGUCAAGUACGACUUAGUGAGGAAGAAGUGCGGACAUUGUGGUUCUAAACUGAAAGGCGGUGAUAGCAAUCGGGAGUUUGUUCAGGUCCGCAGAGUAGAUCCCGAGGAAGAUCAAAGUGAUGGUUCACAAUCGGAUACGGACCCUUUAGUAAAUAAAAUUGAAAGAGAAUCGACCAAGUUCAAGUUACUCUUCGUCUACCGUAUUCGACUGGCUUUAUUUCUGCUCUUUCUCGCAUGUCUCAUAGUCACAGCAGUAGUAAUAAUUCCCUAUUGGGCUGACAAACCCGACUGCGAUUUAGACGAAACCCGAUGUCCACCCGGUUUAGUACCUCCUUAUGUUGACGCCGAGAACUUUUGCUGUUCGACUAAUGAGACAUGUUGCCUCGCUGGAAAGGGGUUCGGUUCUUGCUGUCUUCAGGAGUCUACGUGUUGUGGGGGUGCGUGUUGCUCGGAGUCGGAACAGUGUUGCGGGUCUGUUUGUAUACCGAAAGAAUACGAGUGCUGCAGUGUAUCAGGAUCAUAUUGUGGGGAGCAUCUGCAGUGUUGCCGAGCCAAGAGUAUCGUCCACUGCUGUCCUGACUUCCUGGUCUGUUCCAGCAAUCCCAACAGCUGCGAAACACCUAAUUGAAUCUUAUUGCAUCCAAAUCUAACGGAUUAUAAGGACGAUGAACGUGAGAAACUUUUGAAAAGCUGAGAUUCGAAAUGAAAAUAUUUGAAAA